AUAUAUAUAUAUCUAAACGAUAUAUUGACAAUGUCAAUUUCGUUGGCAGAUUUCACACUGAUUCUGACACAGAGCUCUGUUAGAAUGAUUCGGAGACAAACAGGUCUGUAACGAGGCCUGAUUGGAGCGGAGAGUACAUCGGAUUAUCGCUAACUUUAUAGAAGAUGUAAAAUGUGAAUUACGCUAUAGUUGAUCAGCUUGGAGCCCCAAAAGAUAACUGCCAAUUUAAAGUGACAUUACAAGCACUUCUAGGAUUUAUUUUGAUUGUGCCAAACGCUUAAAAGAUACAGACAUUUCAUUCUCGCCUCUACAAAAGGUUUUCGAGACAAGUAAUCUGUUUUAGAUAAUUAUUGUCACUUGUUGAACGGGAUGUGAAGAUAUAAAUUCUGCACCAUAGACGUACCAUGGAUAAGUACGUAGAUACCCGGAUGAGAAUACGACAUAUAGUCCAGUCGGCUAUUAGUAAAAUGACCGGAAGUUCACUUGUGGAAGAUCCAGGGAUACCACUUGUUGAUCGCCAGAACGGGAAGUACAACAAAUACAUGGCGGAUGACAAUACGAGCCAGACUGAUCUUGUUUCCAACCUUACGCCCGUAUCCAAAUUCGAUAACAUCAGUUACCGAUUGAGCCGGCGUAAGAAGCUAAUAAAACGACGACGACAUGUAGUAAGCGUUGAGUUCACCCUUGCUCUGAUUGGUAUUGUGUUUAUGUUGGUGGAAACUGAACUCUUUAUUCAAAAGGUUAUAACUAAAACGGAUGCUAUAUCUUUGAUUUUAAAGUCAUGCAUUUCAAUAUCAACGGUGUUUUUGUUGGUAGCUAUCAUAUCGUACCACAUAACUGGAAUCCAGCUCCACAUGACUGACAACAGCCUAGAGGAUUGGCGCCUUGCUGUCUCUUUUCCUUGGACAUACUUAAAAAUUUUCGCAGAGCUACUCAUCUGCGCAAUACAUCCCUUCCCAAGUAGCAUUGAAAUUCCAGGGUUGAAUCCGGAUGGGAAAACCAAAAUGGUGUCCAUUGAUCCGAUCCUCUGUAUUCUCAUGCUACUUCGUCUGUAUUUGGUCGGUAAGUUUAUGGUUGUAAAUAGUCGUUUGCUAACAGACACGGCUACUCAAAGUCUUGGUGCUUUAAACAAAGUCAAAAUCAACACUGCAUUUGUUUUCAAAGCACUGAUGUCAUCCAAUCCUGGGACUGUCUUGGUCAGUAUAAUGCUUGCAAUUUUGAUAGUAGAUACUUGGGCCAUGCGCACUUGUGAAGUUUAUUAUCAUCCUGACGAGGCACAUUCCAGUUUUUUCAACGCCAUGUGGAUGAUUGCUAUCACAUUCCUAACGGUUGGGUAUGGUGAUAUAUACCCAAACUCAUAUUGCGGGAGAUUUGUUGCUGUAACAACAGGAUUGAUGGGAGUUGGAACUACGGCUCUUCUUGUAGCCGUACUUGCUUCAAAACUCGAGCAAAGUCGCGCUGAAAAAUACGUCCAUAAUUUUGUAUCACGUGCUCAGCUUGACAAACAACGGAAGCAUGCAGCAGCCGAUACCAUAAAAUACGUCAUUCAACUAUGGCGUCUUCGGCGGCAGGAUGCUGAUGACGACCGGAAGCGGAUACGACUUCAUGGAAAGUUACUCCAAGCAAUUGCGAAUAUGCGCGAAGCGAAAAAUGAAAAGGCGUGCAUAGGUGAAAGCGCUAUAGGGUUUAUCGAGAUAGCAAAAUCGAUAAAUGAAGUGAACGAAGUGGUGGAUAGUAUACAGGAAAACCAGAGAGAUAUGCAGGUUAAGAUAAACGAUAUGGAAUCCAAGAUGGAUGACCUUGCCAACAAAAUGGAUGCUGUUUAUCAUGCAAUUGCUCAUAGAUAGAUGUGUUAUAGAGAUGUUCAGUACCUUUUGAUGCUUUUGGUGAUGGUUGCCAAAUUGGUUAUCAUAUGGUUGUCAAUGGAAUCAUUUUAAGCGGGUAUUUGCCAGAAGCUACUUAAUUUACAUGAAAGCCUAUAAAUGAUAUGUGCAUGUUGACCUCAUUUAAUCCUAGAUGUUAUUCAUUAAUUGCAAAUUUACAUAUUAUAGGCGGAUGUUGUUAAAUUGUUUUACGGACUGCUUUCUUCUUGAGGUUAUACAUGGUCCAUGUGUUGGCUAUGUAAUGGUAUCUUUGGCGUCAUUAUAAAAAUGUUAAAAAAUAUUUUCAAAAGUAAACCGCUUUUAGAUAUCAUAAAUCACAUGUUGAUAGAUAGAUUAUACGUAAGAGGUUACAUAAUUAAUUAUAUAGACCAGAAGGAUUGUUUUCCAGUUGUGGUUAUGACCGUACAUACAGUGGACAAGUGCUACUGUGUAAAUACGCUUAAGUAGAUGAAAAAUUCAAAUAAGAUAGUUGUAUACAAUAUCAUAUCGACACUAUGUUGUCGGUUUAUGAAUAUCAAUAAUUUGCGAAAAAAAAGAUUUGGCAAACACUAUUGGCAAACUAAGUUUGGCUGUUGAUAUCAAAAGUAAAAAGAACACAAAGCAAGGCCUAUAUUUGAUUUCUCGUGUCAGAAAUAAAAACAAAGUAGGUAUUUAUUGUACCUUCAGAACCUUUAGUUUUUGUCAGGAUAGAUUAAUUUGUAGUUGUUUUUCCGGUUAUGAAAGUUGUCUACUUUUACCGUAAAAUAAUAGGCCAUUUUGAAAAUAAAUUGUAUCAUUUAAACCAUGCAUAUGGGUAAACUGUAUCAAAGUGCUUUGCGGCGCCCAAAUUUUCAUUUCCAUGGUAUGACAACAACCGAAUGUUAGUAUUCUAUUGAUUUGACAAGCGUUUAUGUGAUAGCAAUACAUUUUUUCAGUUGUUGUAUUUUGUUCCAUAUCUUGUUUUGUUUGUGUUGUUGUUGACGAUAGCAUAUGCCAGGCGUCAAUAUCCAUAACGUUUGUAAUUUCCCAUCAAUCUUUCUAGAAUCUGUACCCUGAGAUGAUAAUUUUCUAGCACCUACGAACACCAAUGCAAUCCCUUGAAACAAUCACCUUUAGGAUUAUCAGAAAAAGAGUAACCUUUCUUCAACCAAACAUUAUAUUGAACAAUUUGCAGCUCAUUUGGAUUAAACCUAUCACAUAAUUACUACAAUAUAAACCUAGCCAAAACACAUUAAGACCAUUAUAGUCCGUCGGAUGGAAACUUGUUGCCAACGUAUCUGUAGUUGAUUUUUUAUUCUUGUUUUUGGUUUAUGAUUUUGUUUUAAUGUUUCUAAAAUAAAAAAAGAACUGAUAUGUUAUAUUAAAAAACAUUAAUACCGAAAAUCUGUAAAAUGUGGUUGGUGUAUUAUGGAAUACAAGGAAGUAUAGGUAUGGCCUCUGUCCUUGAAUGUGAAAUGUAACUACCUGUACGGUACUGAUUUGUUAUCAUUGUCUCUGUCCAGGAACGUCACAAAUCACUUAAAACAAUCAGACAAGUUAAUAUUAAUAAAUAGCAAACAUGUACGUGGUAGUCUUUUCUUCAAUUGUUUAUAUGUUUUCAUCAUUAAACUUUAAUGUUUUUAAACAACCAUUUCAUCCAAAAAUAAGAUUGGAUCAAGUAGCACCAGUAACAAAUUAAAUUACGAUUUGAUAGAGCUUUGAACGGAACUGAUAUUUUACAGAUUCGUAAAGUACAAGAAAUAAUUGAUAUUGAUGACUUUUUGCAGCAAUUUUGUUUUAUUAAAGUAAGCAUAAGGAUAUUGAUGCUAGUUUAUACGAAAUUAUGGACAUGUACAAGAAUUAUCUAUUUAUUUGAAAAAGCUCCUUAAACGUAUGUAACAGUGUUAUCGAAAAAAUGUACUGAAAAGACAUGACUUUUGAGGGAAAAAACUAACCAAGCUUUCGACAAUUUGAUAUUGAUAUUGAAUUAUCAACCACCGUUGCCAGUGGAAUAGCAAAUGUUUUUUUUAUAUAAACUUAGUGUUAAACGUGAUAGUAUACGUAAUAUCUGAAAAUAGAUAUGACAGGAGUUCAGUCUCAAGGGAUGAAAUUUUAUAUUUCACAUAUUUUGUGUCAUUCCGCAAAGGUUUUGGAGCUACUGAGUCGGGAUAUAAAGGCUGUGUAUUGCCAUCUAGGUUAUAUUUCAUUUGGGUUUUGUCAGCUGUCUUUGUUACAUUGCCAUAAAAAUACCCAAUUUAAAAGUAUAGCGCUGUUGUGGAUAUCAUGUUAUAUAAGUUUGGCAUAUUAACCUGAUAUACGUUCUCUCUAUAAAAUACAUAAUCCCUUUUAAUUGGUACAUAUACAUGCGGUCGUAAUUUGUGAUACAUUAUUGAUUUUCUUAUCUAUAUGUUCUCUGAUCAAUGUGAUUUGAUAUUACCCAGUAUUGACAAAAAAUAUCCUGCUCAGAUUGCUGUAUAUGUUGUUAAUAUAGCAGUGAUCCUCGUAUUUAUUUUUAGUUUAUGAAAUCAGUAUCUCCAUUUUUGCUGUAGUGUUGUCAUCAGAUAUUUCAGAUAAUAUAUUCUGUGUGUCACUACAUGAUAAACAACAUCCAAUCAUUUUUCAUGAAAUUAUUUUUUACAUUCCAGAGUUUGGAUUUCGUUAGAAUUUGAUGUGUAUGUCACGCGCGGUGAACAUUUAGUAUUAAAACAAAGCUAAUAUCAAUUUCAGUGAUAAAUUCUAAGAAGAACCUUAAUCAUUAAAUUGAUCGAAAGAGUGAGAAUGCAGCGUGCGUGCCUCAUCUCUCCAUUUCAAAUACUAACGUCCAUGUAUAACAAUAUAAUGGAUCAGAUGUGAUCAUAUUAGCCAGAUUGAUAAAAUGUCUGCAUAAAGGUAGUUGUCGCAUAGAAUACUAGCACAUAGCGUGGUGACACUACUAGAUAUCAGACACAUGUUGUGGGAAUCACAAAGAUGUUCGGCAGGUUCCAGAAUCAAUCACUAAUUCAAAGAAUCCGACAAAAAUCACAUCAUAAAUAGAAAGAUUAACGUUUAAAUGAAUGUAAUGAUGUGUGUUCCGUACAAUAACUGAUAUCUGGUUAAUAUAUUGGUAUUGGUGUUACGGGGAGGUUGUAAAACGGUUAAUAGUCGUCUAUGGAAUUGUCACAAAUGUAGGUGAUGUCAUGGUGUGUUGUUAAAUCAGCCUUGCACAGUAGCAGACCUUAUUAUCGAAGUUGAUUUGCCAAACAUGGCUUGCGUUAUAUAUAGUUACAUAUAUUUAUAUGUUGUUAAUGUGCAUAUUAUUUUCAAGCUAUAAAUGAUUUUAAAUGAAAAGGUCUCAAAGCAAGGGUCGUAGAGCAUCAAAGUAGGUCACGUCAAUCUGGUGACAUAAUAUUGUUAUAUUUGUAUGGUUGUGUUCGUAUACAUUGUAGAUGGAAUUAGUUUAUAUAUGACCAAUGAUGAAUUUCCAAUGAUUAAGGUUAAAUUAUUAUAAAGUGAGCAUAAAGUAUGCACUUACCAUAAAUUCUACUGUUAAUUCGAGCAAAUUCUAUUUCAUUGAUUUCGUUCCCUCUUCGGGCAAUCAUUCCUUCUUCCAUAUAUGUUAACAUCACUUUUCAUAUUUCAAUGCUUUGACAUUUUUUGUUUAUUUACGUUGAACGACGUUCUAGAUAUGUCCAUGAGGUUUAUAAAAUAUUAUCAUACGCGCGAUACUUUGUCAGCUUCAUAGCGUUGUCGGAAAGGAAAUGUAAAAAGUGAACUCUGAAAAUAAAUACGUAAGGACAGUUUUGCAGGUUUACUAUGUAAUCCUGAACAUGCAUUGUACCCGCAUUCGUCAGGUAAAGUCUCAAGUGAUGUAUACAUUCAGCUACUCCAUAAAUACAGCGGAAAUUAAUCUCUAAAUAACCAUGUAUUGUGUUUACUAUAUGUACUUGGAUAUUCAUACACAAUAAUUGUAUAUCUAUUAAUAUAGAAGCAAUGUGAGCGUGUCCAUGUGAUUGCUGAUAAAGCAUGGUUUAUAACUAAUGACAUACAUGUACAUAUAUAUAUAUAUAUAUAUAUAUAGGAACUAACCAUGUUGUAGUGCUAUUUCACGGUUUUGGUGGUUCUGUACAUCCCUUCAUUUUCGUGAGAGAUCAAAAUUAUGUCUUAUUGACAGUUUAUUUGACUAUUAUUUUCAAAAUAUUUCCUAAUAUGAUUUCCAUCAAUGGUGAAAAUAAUGAAGCAAAUUCGAAAAUGCAACAAUUCGCGAAUAACUUGUAGGCAAAUUGGUACAUCGCGAUAUACCUGAUAAAUUGUUCUAGAAAAUAUAGCGAUGUUCAGCACUUCAGAAACCCGACACGAAGACGGUUGUGAAAAAAUGUUCCUAGCUACGAUGCUGCCAUCUGUGGUAAUGUUUUCGUCAGUAUUAUAUGCGAAACUAUCUAGAAUCCAUAUGUACAUGUAGUAUGUAGAUUAUGAAUCCAGUUGAAUUGUAUUCUAGUGUGUUAGAGAACCGCAUUGUUUGCUGGUCCCAGUAAAGCUGCGCGUGCCAGUAGUUAAUUUGUUAGUGUAAGACCAGACAAAAUAAAAAGUAAAGAUUA